AUGUCAAGUGCACUCAGUCGGGAGUUAGAGGCGUUUUCAAGAAAAUACUACCAUACACAAGAGCACCAACAGAAUAGACCAAUUAAUUCAAUUUAUUUUGGUGGUGGAACACCUUCACUUGCAAAAAUCAGCACUUUUGUAGAGACCAUGGAAACAAUGAGAAAGAUGUUUCCAUCGCUCACAAUUGAAGAUAUAGAAAUUACAUUAGAGGUUAAUCCAGACCAAAAAGAUUUAAAAUCGAUGUUAAAAGACUUUAAACAGUUUGUAGGUGUUAAUCGUGUGUCAUUGGGUAUUCAGUCAUUUAUAGAUGAGGAUUUAAAAUAUUUAGGUAGAACUCAUACUGGAAAACAAGCUGCAGAGUCUUUAAAGAUAGCACAAGAGUUGUUUGAUAAUGUUACAUUCGAUUUAAUAUAUGCAAGACAUCAAAAGCAAACUAGAGAGUCCUGGAGAAACGAAUUAAAAGAUGCUUUAUACUUGACACAUGGUCAAGGUCAUAUUAGUUUGUAUUGCCUUACUUUCGAAGAAGGUACCAGUUUCCAUAAAAGAUUAAACAUGAAGAGAUCAAGUCGUCAUAAGAUCAAUGAAUUAGACCAUGAAACAGCUGGAGAUUUAUACGAAAUUACAUUAGAAGAAACCAAUAAACAUGGUUUCAAUCAAUAUGAAGUUAGUAACUUCACAUCAUCAGAAUCACAAAAGAGUAAACAUAAUUUAAAUUAUUGGAGAGGCGGUGACUAUAUUGGUAUUGGUCCUGGCUCAUCUUCAAGAAUAUCAAUCAUUAACGAAAACAAUAAUAAUAAUAAUAAUAAUAAUAAUAAUAAUAAUAAUAAUAAUAAUAAUAAUAAUAAUAAUAAUAAUAAUAAUAGUAGUUUAAUAAAUAGAUAUUCAACUAAAAAUAUAUUACACCCCAAAGAUUGGAUGAAAGAAUUAUUAGAUUCAUCAACUACCAAUAAUGAUGGAAUUAUCAAUAACCCAAAACCAAAAGAAAGCAUACUCAAAAAUGCAUUUUUGGAAAAUCAAUUAUUAUCAAAUACAGAUGUCGCCAAUGAAUUACUUUUAAUGGGAUUAAGGACAGAAGAAGGUGUUCAAAAUUCAACAUUCUCAUUAUUGACAAAUGGUUUAACUCUAGAUCAGUAUUUAAAUAUGAAACAGGUCAAUCUAUUAAUUGAACAAGAAUUAUUAAUUUUCGACAAUGAAAAAGGAAAUAGUGGUGGUAAUUCAAUUAUAGGUCUAACACCAGAUAGUAGUAGUCAAGAGGAUAGUUUGGGAUCUUCAGGGGUAAUACCAUCAAUAUUAUUGGAUUCAAUAACAACAACACAGCUAAAUUCAAAAUAUAAUGAUAGUGACAAUAAUAAUAAUAAUAAUAAUCAUAACAAUAGUAAUAAAAAUAAUAAUAUCUAUGUUAAUAAUAGUCGAUUCAAGUUUAUAAAUGUUCAAGUUUCAGAUUCAGUAUUGUCAAUUUCAACAAAAUAUAAUAUGUCAGAAAUAGAUUUAAUGAUAAUAAAUAGAUUAGAAAAUAAAAACUUAUAUCCAGGGCAAACAUUAAUAGUAUAUUCACAUUUUAAACAAGAUUUUGAUUAUUUUGAAAAUAGUAAUAGUAAUGACAAUAAUAAUAAUGACAAUAAUAAUAAUAAUAACAAUAAUAAUCCAACCCCAGAAGAAGAAAAAUUAAAAAAGUUUUUUAAUAAAGGAUUAAUUGAUAGUAAAGAUAGUAUGGCAUUGUUUGAAUGUGUCAACACUUAUCGUUCUCUACUACCUAGAUUAAGAGAGAAAUAUGAUAUUUCAAUGUACAGUAAAGAUAUUAAUACAUUAGAUGGCCACCAAAUUGAUGAUCUUUCAAAUUCAUAUUCAUCUUCAAAUUCAGCAAUAAAUAAAAUUAGAUCUUAUUUAGCUUCACAAUCACAAAAUAGUUAUUCCCCUUCUUCUAAUAGUAAUUCCUUAGUAAUACAUUUAAAUAAUACCUUUAAUAGUUACUUUAUUGAUAAUGUUUUAUUUAUUCAACAAACAAUACAACAUCAACAAUAUUACCAACCAAAUAAAAAUAAUAUUAGAUAUAAGACCAAUAUAAUUCUUGGAUCAAUCAAGAUCUCAAAUAAUAAUAUAUUUUUAUUUACACCUAAACCAGUUAAAUAUCAAGAUAAUAAACUAGAAGUUCUAUUUAAUAAUAUCUCAGGUUGGAAGCUCAGUAAAUAUGAUAAAGAUUCAAAUACUAUGGGAAUUAAUCAUGAUCAUCUAUCAAUAUUGUCAACAAAUUCAAUAUUGCUUUGUAUAUAUUUAAAAUCUUUUGUUCAAGAUUCCUAUAAAAAGAAUUUUAUAAUUGUAAAUAGUAAAAAAGAUUAUCAAUCACUUGAAUUUAUUGAAUCUCACCUCAAGAAUUCUUUUAAUUCGAUCGACCAAGUUCAUAAUGAAGACGAAAUACUAGUACCACAAAAUCAACCUUUCAAUUGGGAUAAACUAUUAUCACAACCAAUUUCAGAAAUGUUACUUUUAUCUUCACCAAAUAGUUUAAAUAAUAAUAACAAUAAUAAUAAUAAUAACAUACCAAUUUCACCAAUAAAAUCGUCAUUUGGGUUUAGUAAAAAUUUUGAUAAAUUAAUUUUAGAUCAAAAUAGUUCUACUUUAAAUUCAAAUGAUUCCUCACAAUUAAAUAAUAGUCAAAAUAAUAUAGUUUCAUCGCCACCAAAAGAAUCUUCAAUCAACACUAGUAAAUUAUUAUCACCAUUCAAUAGAAUUUCAGCAAUAGAUAGCGAAGUUUUUAAAUUUGAAAUAUUUUAUUUAUAUGACCAAUGCACAGCUGUAGAGGGUAUUUUAACAAUUUUACCAAAUAGAUUUAUUUUUCAAGCAAAUGUUAAUGACCCAAUAGUUAAAAAAGAAGGUUCUUUAAAAUUCCAAUUAGAUUAUACCAUGUCAGAUGUGUGCUACUGUAGUUUGGUACCAAAAACAAGUUUAAAUAAUUCAAAAGAUCAAUUACAAUUUAAUAUGGAUGAUGAACAAAAUAAUAAUAAUAAUAAUAAUAAUCAACAAAUAGAUCAACUUUAUAAUAAUGAUGAGCAAAAUAAUUUAAAAAAAUCUUCAAAUGAAAAAAAUCAUCUAUCCUGUGUACAUUUAUUGGUUGUUAAAAGAGAUAUUCUUUUUGAAUGUGAUUCUGAAGAUGCAAUUUCAAUUUACAACCAAGUCAAUAAAUAUACAGAGAGAAACAAUAAAAUUGUUCAAGAUAUUUCAGUAUCAAAAAAUUUAUAUUCAAAAUAUAGUAAUAGUAAUAAUAAUUCAACAACAACUUCACCAAUCUUAUCAAAAUCUCCACCUCAAAAUGUAUCUGUUCUUUCUUCUUCAUCAAAUACUCCAAUACAUCCACAACCAUCAUCACAACAACAGCAACAAAAUAAUUCAUUCUCUAGCAGAUUUUUAAAUUUUGGUUCAUCUAUGGGAGGGUUGUUUGAUUUAAAUAACAGUAAUACUAAUAACAAUGAUGGUGUGAUCAAUAUUUCAACAAAUUCAUUUGGCGAAAAUGGUUUCAAUUAUAACACAGAUGAUGAGUCAUUCGAUAUUAGAGAUUAUUUUUCGGAUUCAGAUGAUGAUACAGCUGUAGAUUUUGUUCCAACACUUUAUGGUGUAUCAUCACCAUCAUUUAUUACAGUUGAAGAUGCUAAGUGUUUAAUACCAUUUUUACCACUUAGCUAUCAACUAAAAGAUUGGUUUUUAUUAUAUAAAACAGUUCAUCAUGGUAUAUCAAUGAACACAUUUUACAGUAGAACCAGAGAUCAAGGCCCAUGUCUUAUUUUCAUUAAAGAUUCUAAAUCAAGAGUUUUUGGCGGUUUCGUUUCAGAUUCUAUCAGACCAUCUAAAAGCUACUAUGGUUCUGGAGAAUGCUUUGUUUUCCAUCUCAAGCCUGGAGAAUUUAAAUGCUAUCCCUGGUCAAAAAAGAAUGAAUGUUAUGUUCAAACCACUGAACAUUAUAUUUCGAUGGGUGGUGGUAGUGACGGAAAAUAUGCUAUUUGGCUAGAUAGUGAUUUCAAUAUCGGUGUAUCCAGCCCAUGUUUAACUUUUAAUAGUGAUUCAUUAUUAUCAGUUGAAAAUGAUAAAGAUUUAAAUAAUCAAGACUUUGUUUGUAUAGAAUUAGAAGUUUGGGGAUUGGAAAGAAAUGAUUUAUCGUAA